AUUUAGUUACAAUGUCGCUGUUAAGUAUAAUUCUUUUUAUAAUAGUAAUAAUAUUGAUUAUCUACGCAUACAAUGGCUUCGAUUUCACCAGUAGCACAGUAGAAAAUGAAGAACAUAAAUCAAAUGAUCAAAAUACACCAAAUGAACAAAAGAAAUCAGAUGAACAACAGAAACCAGAUGAACAACAGAAACCAGAUGAACAACAGAUAAGAAGAAUUCGUGAGGCAUUCAAAGCGCCGACAGAAAUUCUAUUUACCCGUCCAAAACAGAUUAUUAAUACAUAUUUAUCCUCAGUCAAUAAUGUUGAGUCGGAAUAUUCCGGCUGGGAUACUGAUAUACUUAAAAUGAGGUUAUUAUGUUAUGAUACUAUUAAAUUACUCGAGUACUAUUUAGUUAAUCCAGAACAAACUAAGGCCGUCGAAAUAGCUGAGUAUCUUAUAAAAAAAUUAAUAACAAAAUUGAAUGAAAAAAAUGAUGAAAUAUUUAUAUCUGAACCAAUUCCGAAGAUGGAUUGGUGGGAUUUUUCGGUUCGAAUGACCCGUUUAUUCGCAAUGUAUGUUUAUAUUGGGAAUACAGAGGAAAUUAGAAAAGGCUGUUACCAACAAGUAAUUCGUCUGAUACCAAAAGUUGGUACAUCGCUAACUAAAAUCAUGAAAGAUGCAAAUUUAUUACUUACCACGGUACCUCGUCUUUGUGUUAACUACACUUAUAAUUUUCCGGCAUAUGAGGAUGACAUUAAAUCUCAAGAAUUUAUAAAGCUUGAAGAGUUCGUAAAUUUAUCACGAAUUAAUGGAGAUGUCAUCUACGAUGGAUUCUACGCAGACGGUUCUCUACUUAUCAAUGGUGCCGUAAACUACCGUCGGUUGAUGGACGUACAAUAUGUUUGCUAUAGUGUUUACCAGGCCUUCAGUUUUCCAGAUAACAUCAAGGACAUCGCGUCAGAGGUGAUUCCUAAAUUAACGCAUCCGAGUAUUUCUUCGUUUCCCCUAGGUUUCCUUGGGGAUAACUAUAACAGGACUGCGAAAAAAUUUUGGAAAUUCAAAACUAAAAAAUCUGAAAUAUCUUUGAUGCCUUUUAUUGGACUGGGAGUAUUCAAAUGCGAUAACUUUAUAACAUACGUUCGUGUUCAGAGACCCGGAAUCGCAGCAUAUUUAACGGAUAAAACCCCCAAUGCUGAAUUAGCUGCAGGUUCGGUUCAAUUACGCAGAAUUUAUCACAAGGGUGAUACUUACCCCACAUUAAACGAUAAAACGUUGAUAAAAGAACCGGGAUUAUUUAUCUUUGAUGGUGACCUACCUUUAAAUAAGCUGACCAUUAGUAAAAAUGUAAUUCCUCAAUCUUAUCACUGUCAAGGAAUCGACUCGUAUGUGGGACGUCUUAAAGGCUUGUUGUUUUGGAAGAAUUCGUAUAAUUUCAACGACAUUUAUGGCGGCGAUGUGAUCAUUAAAGAAGCUGGUGUAGUGACAGAACACGGUUUGCAAGCUUAUUACAUUAUCGAUAAUAAAUGCGGAAAGAAUUUGAAAUUUUGCUGGAAAGAUAAUGUUCAUACCUUUGAAAACAAUAAGGUUGAGCCUCCAGUAUCAGGAGAGUUUGUUGAAGUUCCCAGCCAAGAAGACGUUACAAGCUUUAGGUGGAAUAUGAUGCUGACAAACGAUACUUACAAUGUUGGGUUUGAUAAUGCAGGUAACAUGAGCUUUCAAUUCGGCCCAAGCGACACGUAUACGAUUGAGGUGACAAAAGCCAAUGAACAGUAUGUCGUAAAACGAAAUGGUACAGAAGCGUUCAUUGGAACUUCGAGUAGUAUUGUUAAUGGCACUACAAAAUGUACAGUGGGCACGGAGAUUAGAGAAUAUAAAAGAAACCCCCAGACAUUGAUGUACGACAUUGCAUGAUUUGAAAUUGAACUUUGAUUACUAUAUUGAUAAUUUUUUCCGAUUAAAUCUGGAAUUCAAUCUAGGGCCUAAUUGUUGACUAUCUAUCCCACUAAUUUCUGUAAGGGUUCUGUGUAAGAUCUUAUAGAAAACGUUAUGAAAACUUCUAGGUUCUCAUAAGAAAUCUAUAUCUAAUAAAUGGAUGUGGGGGUCCAUCUAAAUUCCUAUGUGGGUUUCCAAUGGCGUUCUUGGAUGGGUUCCCAUAAGGCUACCUAUAGGUAUCCAUCAUAAAUCCUGAUAUAGAUUAUCACAUGAAUUCUUAUGAGU